ACUGUCUGUGAUGAUGGUUGGGACAAUGAUGAUGCUGCAGUUGUAUGUAGGCAACUGGGCCUUGGAACAAAUGGUGUUUCAUAUAGCCGUGCCUAUUAUGGUUCUGGUACUGGUCUUAUUGUAAUGGAUGAUGUGCAUUGUGAUGGAACUGAGCAAGCACUUGUCAACUGUCAACAUACUGGUGAUCAUAAUUGCAAUCACAAUGAAGAUGCUGGAGUUAGGUGUAUAGUAAACAGCAUCUCCACAAGUGCAAUCACACCAACUGCAUCUCCUAUCAACAACUGUACUUAUGGUAAUAUUCGUCUUGUUGGUGGAUCUAAUGCUACUGAAGGAAGAGUUGAAGUGUGUAUUAAUGGAGCAUAGGGUACUGUCUGUGAUGAUGACUGGAGUGUUUCUAAUGCUAGAGUUGUAUGUAGGCAACUUGGUUUUGGAUCAAAUGGUACUCCAUAUAGUAAUGCUUAUUAUGGUUCUGGUACUGGUCUUAUUGUAAUGGAUGAUGUACGCUGUGAUGGAACCGAGGAAGCACUUGUCAACUGUCAACAUACUUCUUAUCAUAAUUGUGAUCAUACUGAAGAUGCUGGAGUUAAGUGUAUCAUAAACAGCACCUCUACAAGUGACUGUACUUAUGGUAGCAUUCAUCUUGUUGGGGGAUCUAAUGCUACUGAAGGAAGAGUUGAAGUGUGUAUUAAUGGAGUAUGGGGUACUGUCUGUGAUGAUUUCUGGGGACCUCCUGAUGCUGCAGUUGUUUGUAGGCAGUUAGGAAUUGAUGGAGAUUCUAUUGCUCGUACUAAUGCUUAUUUUGGUGCUGGUACUGGUCCUAUUAACAUGGACAAUGUUCAGUGUACUGGAAAUGAAGGAUUCCUUGUCAACUGUACUUACUUAUCUAUUCAUAACUGUUUCAAUUCUGAAGAUGCUGGUGUUUCUUGUGGCAUACAACCAUCCUGUAAUUAUAGUGACAUUCGUCUUGUUGGUGGAUCUAAUGAUAAUGAAGGAAGAGUUGAAGUUUGCCUAUUUGGAUCAUGGAGUACUGUCUGUGAUGAUUCUUGGGGACCUCCUCAUGCUGCAGUUGUGUGCAGGCAGUUAGGAAUCAAUGGAAGUUCUAUUGCUUAUGCUGAAGCGUAUUUUGGUGCUGGUACUGGUCCUAUUAACAUGGGCAAUGUUCAGUGUACUGGAAAUGAAGAACUCCUCAUCAGCUGCAGAUUUUCAUCAAAUCAUUAUUGCAGUCAUUCUUCUGAUGCUGGUGUUGCUUGUGGUGCAACUCCUCGGUGUAACUACUCAGACAUUCAUCUUGUUGGUGGAUCUAAUGAUAAUGAAGGAAGAGUUGAAGUGUGUAUUAAUGGAGCAUGGGGUACUGUCUGUGAUGAUAGUUGGGACAAUGAUGAUGCUGUUGUUGUGUGCAGCCAAUUAGGAAUUGAUGGAGUUGCUGUUGCUCGUACUAAUGCUUAUUUUGGUGCUGGUACUGGUCCUAUUAACAUGGACAAUGUUCAGUGUACUGGAAAUGAAAGAUUACUUGUCAACUGUACUUACUUAUCUACUCAUGACUGUGGCCAUUCUGAAGAUGCUGGUGUUACUUGUGGUGCCACUCCUCAGUGUAAUGAUACUGAUAUUCGUCUUGCUAAUGGAUCUAAUGAUAAUGAAGGAAGAGUUGAAAUGUGUAUUGAUGAUCGUUGGUUGACACUCUGUAGCUCUACUUGGACGGUCUAUGAAGCUGCUCUUGUUUGCAAACAACUUGGAAUUAAUGGAGUUUCUGUACCUCGCUCUAGCACAUACUUUAGUUCUAGUACUGUUCCUAGUGAUCAUUUAGUACAUCUAUUCUGUGCUGGAAAUGAAGACAAUUUUACUCAAUGCACUACUGGAUUGAUACCAUAUUGGCUUUGUGUACAUUUCUAUGGUUCUUUCAAUGUUGGUGUUACUUGUGAUGCACAACCUGAAUGCAAUAACACUGACAUUCGCCUUGUUGGUGGGUCUAAUGAUAAUGAAGGAAGAGUUGAAGUGUGUAGUAAUGGAACAUGGGGUACUAUUUGUGGCAGUAGUUGGGACAAUGAUGAUGCUAUUGUUGUAUGUAGGCAACUGGGUCUAGAAUCAACUGGCAUACAUAAGAUUGGAUACUUUGGCUCUGGAUCAAGCAGUAUUGUAAUGGCUAAUGUACAAUGUAAUGGGACUGAAGACCUAUUAGUUAAUUUGUACUGGAAAUGA